AGAUUUUCACAAAAACAAUAAAUAAAAUAACAAAGGGACAUUCAUUUACCGACCGGAAUGUCAAUUUCUCCUACCGCUACCGCUGCCGCUGCCGCUGCCGCUGCCGCUGGCGCCAGCAGCACCCCAACCUCCACCGCGGCCAUGAUGACCGACAAAAAAGCGGCAGUAUGCGUAACAGGAGCAAACGGGUUCAUAGGCACAUACCUAGUAAAGACCCUGAUUGAAUCCGGGUACACCACCAUCCACUGCUCCAUCUUCCCCAACUCCUCUUCCUCCCACCUUUUCUCUCUCUUCCCUUCCGCCUCCAUUCGCAUCUUCGAGGCUGAUAUCCUCGACUACGACGCCGUUUCGAGGGCUGUUGAAGGUUGUCACGGUGUGUUUCACGUGGCAUCUCCUUGUACCUUAGAAGAUCCCCGGGAUCCACAAGCUGAGCUAGUGGACCCCGCUGUUAAAGGCACCCAGAACGUUCUAGAAGCUUCUAAGAAUCACGGAGUAAGGCGGGUGGUGCUCACUUCCUCCAUCUCUGCUAUGGUUCCUAAUUUUGCUUGGCCCACUUCUUUGCCUGUUGAUGAGUCUUGUUGGACUGAUAUUAAUUACUGCCGCUCUCACCAGAAAUGGUACCCGGUAUCUAAAACAUUGGCAGAAAAAACUGCGUGGGAAUUCUCACAAAAGCAUGGAUUAGAUGUAGUGGGUAUUAAUCCAGGUACAUGUCUUGGCCCGCUGUUGCAGCCAGGCUUGAAUGCGAGCUGUGCUGUACUGCAGCAGCUGCUUCAGGGGUCAAAAUACACUCAGGAAUGCCACUGGCUAGGGGCAGUACAUGUCAAAGAUGUGGCAAGAGCUCAAGUCUUGCUGUUUGAGACCCCUGCUGUUUCUGGCCGCUACCUUUGCACCAAUGGUAUCUACCAGUUUGCUGAUUUCGCUGCCAUUGUCUCUCAACUCUUCCCAGAGUAUCCAAUUCACAGGUUUACUGAAGAAACCCAACCAGGUCUGGUGGCCUGUAGAGAUGCAGCCAAGAGAUUGAUCGAUCUAGGCCUAAUUUUUACACCACUAGAAGAAGCAAUACAUGAGACAGUAGUGAGUCUGAAAGCCAAAGGUUUCUUGGAGGAACAAAGGCCAAAAUCGUAGUUGCUUUCAUUGAUUCUAUGUGUGUAGUCUCAUUGCUUUCAGAAGCAGCAACUAUAGUAAUUAACUUGUAUGAGAGUCUUAGCCUGUCCGCCUUUUCUAUUUUAACUAUAAUAAGUCUUUAGUGCGUAAUCAUCAGUUCCAUUUUCUUUCAUUAUGAUCCUUAAUCAUCCUGUAUUGGCAACUUGUUUAUGGCAAGUUACCAACAUUAUUUAAUAAUAAUCUCGAUGUUGCUUUA